UGUCCUACAUGUGUUCCCAUGAAGUGUCACACACCUGACGCACAGCGUCACCUGCAGCGUUACCUCUGUCAUUUAUCAUAACAUUACAACAACGUUAAGUCACAGGAGUGGAGGGAGGAGUGGUCCUGUAGUCGUAAUGUAGGCGUAGACUUCCAUACAACAGCUGACACUCAAAAACCGGGAGGACAGUCUGGCUCCGAAACACAGCACAGAGGAGGCGCUCCGGUGAAGUUGUUUCCCGGUCGGAGGCGAGUUUUUACGCGCUUGGAGCAAGAGCACAGAGACGGUGGAGAGCUGGAUCUUAUAGCUGCUGUUGUUUUUUGUUUUUUUUUGGGGGGGGAAGUAUCGCUGCUGUGAACUGAGAGAGAGAGAAAAGAUCUGCACGAAAUGAAAUCCGUGUCGAGUGGACGAUCAUAGUUAAAAAGUUACUGCUGCUGACAGAGAAGAGGCUGUUUUUUUGCUUUUCAACUGGACCAUUGUCUUCAGGCAGCUGCUCUUUCAAUGUGGGAUACAGUUUUGGAGCUUUCGCCAGGCUGAAAUCCUCCAGGGUCAGGACCUCCCUCAUGGCAGCCUUGCUCCUCGGGCUGCUGCUUUUUGCAAUGCAGUCUCCCCCCAUUCCCUCCAGGCCUAUGGCUGACGAGGGACCACCUUUACCUCCCACCUCAUCGCCCACCAACAACCCAACCACCAGCCACCCAAACGGGACCCUGCAACAAUUUCCUCAGAUUAUAAUUAUUGGCGUGAGGAAGGGAGGGACGCGGGCGUUGAUAGAGAUGCUCAGCCUGCACAGUGCGGUUGCAGCGGCUCAGAACGAGGUGCACUUCUUCGACUGGGAGAGUCACUUUGAGAAGGGCCUGCCUUGGUAUCUCAGUCAGAUGCCCUACGCCUUCCCCGACCAGCUGACGGUAGAGAAGACGCCGGCCUACUUCACCUCCAGCAAAGUCCCCAAACGCAUCCAUCAGAUGAACCCUGAUAUCAAGCUGCUGCUCAUCCUCAGAGACCCCACAGAGCGGGUGCUGUCGGACUACACACAGGUCUUUUACAACCGCCUCCAGAAGCACAAGCGCUACCAGCCCAUUGAGUCAGUUCUGGUGAAGGACGGCGAGAUCAACCUGGGGUACAAGGCUCUCAAUCGCAGCCUGUACUAUGUUCACAUGCAGAACUGGCUGAAAUACUUCCCACUGAAAAACAUUCACGUUGUGGACGGGGACGAGUUGAUCAGGGACCCCUUCCCAGAGAUGAAAAAGGUGGAGAGGUUCUUAAAACUGGAAUCGCAGAUAAACGCUUCAAAUUUUUACUUCAAUAAAACUAAAGGAUUCUACUGUUUAAGAGACCACGGGCGAGAACGGUGUUUACAUGAUUCAAAAGGCAGGGCUCACCCUCACGUGGCACCUGCCAUCCUGCAAAAACUCUACCAGUUCUUUCACGAACCCAACAAGAAGUUCUUUGAGCUUGUGGGUCGAACAUUCAACUGGAAAUGAACAUUUGGGUCUCAGUAGCUCGGUGUAGAGUUGUUUGAGGAUAAUCUCUAUGAGCUGUGCAGUUUUCCCUCACUAACAAUGUAGAUGAGACAGAGCUAAUGUAAAUUUAAAUCUAUUUUUGUACUAGUAUGUUUGUUAAAGGAGUAUGAUGGAGCCAAAUAUCAGGGCAGACUUUAGUUUAUGACAUGCUCUAUUAGUGCAUGUCUUGUCGUUUCCUUUUUGUCAAACUUAUGCAUUUUACUGUCUCACUGCUGUUCAGCUUGUCAGAUCAACGCAGAUGACUUAUUAUGACACUGAAAAUGACAUUCAGACUUUAGACUGUGCCAGUUAAUGUGUUAUAUAAAGAUAAGUACCAGGCAGUUUGAUAUUGUCAUACAAUAUGUCAUGUUUCGCUUCAUAUAAUAUGGCAUUAUUAACAUCCAACUGCAUUUAGAGCUCUGAAGGAACUUACUUACCUGCUGCUAUGAUUUUCUCAGUCACUUUCAGGCAGACGCUGUACUGAAUAUGUCAAAUCAAAUGUUUCUUUAUCUAAGAAUCAGUUAUAUAAAAGUGCACAUCAUAUUUGAUCAUUACAGUGUACUGUAAAUCUUUUUUUUUUUCAAAAAGUGAAGAAUUAAUACCAUAAUAAAGAUGUAUUUUAUUUUUAGCA